AUGUCGCCGCGGUGCAAGGACCUUGAUAAUGAGGAGCUAGACUAUCGACAGAUAUGUUUCUACCAACGAGGGGAAGUUCCUGGAAGUGGUGUCUCUGCCGCCGAACUUUUAAGAUGGCUAGAGGCUGCACGAUCGAAAAAUAUAAACGGGUACGGGUGGUCGUAUACCGUUAUCACCAAGUCCGGCGAAAGUAAAUGCAGACAAGUCUCUUGCCUUAGCCGAAAGGCAGUUCUUAAAAUAUGUGAUCUUCGAUCGGGCCCCCCUGAACGGAAUUACACGUGGGCUGCUUCCACCAUUUAUCACACGGUCGCCAGCUUACUUCAGAGGUUCAGGCCCGACCUGCUGCCUACAGAUGACGCGGAAGGUCAGGACAUCGCAGCGCAGACGCAAUCUGAUACGGAGACCUGCUGCUCUUCUUAUUAUAAUCCAGGCAAAGUGUCACAGAAUACGGAUAGAAUGUGGGGCGAGCAGUAUCAGGCUGAUGAAACUGGGCUUAGAAUCACUAUCGAGGCCAUUAGGGGGGAAUCUGAGAUCGAGCUUCAAAGCAGAGUCCGGUGCGAUCCCGAACAGAACUUAAUUCCGGUAUAUAGUGCUCCAGACGAGGACGGGGAAGAGAGCGAGCUUCCAGUUAAGGAGUGGAAAGACUAUGACCCGAGCUGGACUAUUCCACCAACCGAUCAAUUAAUCCCAUACUUACAUUGA